AACUGUCUGUUGAAAUUUCUUUAAUUUUAGCGGGAAAUUCAUAAAUAAUAACACUAAAUUGUUGAAUACAGGCGGAAUUAAAAAUGCCUCCCAGAAAGCGAAAAAAUGUUAAACAAACCAAAAUUACUGAUACGAUGGGAAUUAAGACAAAAAAAGCACAAACUAGUCCAAAACCAAAGGAGGAUAUAAGUCUGCAAGAAAAACCCCGUGAAGAAUUAAAAACUCGAUCAGUCUUUCCAGUCACGAUCGACGAGUUCAUUGAAAAUACAAACAUAAUCGAUUUAAUUAAAGAUUAUAUUAAAGAUAAAUAUUCAACAGCCUUAGAAACAUAUCUCACGGAACCAGAAAUCAUGAGCAGGGUAAAAAAUACAUAUAACGUUUUUUACAAAAGACCACAACGACGAUGUAUGGCACCAAUGAAAUAUGUUCGCAUCACUAGUGACUGUGAUGAAAAUACAAAACAACGUUUGUUUAAAAUUCCAGAAUAUUAUAAACAUUUGUGUGAAAAUAAAGAUAAUGAACAUCAAAGCGUAAAACAAAGUUUAAAGAAACAAGAUAGUUCUCCAGAUAAAAAUAUAAAUAGCGUUAGCGAUAAAAAGAUAUUAGAAGAAAAGAUCCUGGGACUAAAGAGCAUUAUAUCAAAUUUUGAUGCUAAUAACAAAGAAACAAAUGAAAAAGUGUGCAACCUUCCAGUCAGUUUUGAAACGUUUAAAAGGUUCACAUUUCACAAUGAUGUUAUUGAUAACAUUUGCCAAAGCAUAAAGGAGUUGGAGUAUGAGUUGCCAAUUUCAAAUAUAUCAAAAGAAGAAUUAUUUGAUAAUAAUAAAUUACUUCGGAGUUACUACAAAACAUUUUACAUGCAAACGGUUAUUCGGACAAUAUUUCCAUUGAAAAUAAAACCAUGUCCGGGACGUUUAAAGGACAAACUUUUGAAAUAUCCAGAAAUUACGUCAGAUCAUGAAGAGCCUACAGUAAGUAAUAGAGAUGCUAUAAAUGCUAAUACGAAGGAACAUUUAAAUAAGAAAACAAAAUUAGGAAGCAUGAAAGAAGAUAAAAAUAUGGAAAAAUGUUCAUUAGCAUUAGAAAUUAAGGCACCGGAAGAUAAUGCUGUCGAGAAAUCUCUAUUACAUCACCAAAAACAGAAUAUGCCAAAGACUUUAUCACCAACACCAUGUCGAGCACAAAUGAAGGCAAAACCCUUGACAUUUCCGAACAAAAUUUUUAAUGUUGAUUCCGACUCCACGACAAGUAAUGAUAAUGACGAAAUUUUUGAAGGCAGUGCAAAUGUAACGGUGGUGGAACGAAUUGAUCAGGAUAAUGCUGUCGAGAAAUCUAUGAUACAUCAACAAAAUCAGAAGACACCAAAGUCAAAAGUCUUGCCGUUUCCAAACAAAAAUGUUGGUUCCGAUAAUGAUUCAACGAACAGUGAUGAGAAUGAAGAAGAUAUUAUAAAUGUACCAGUGGUAAAACCUAUCGGCAACAAAACUAAAUUAAAUCAAUCCAAUGAGAAUGCUAAUCAACACGUAACAAAUCUUCAAAAAGAAACAAAAACUCCGGAAUCAAGUCCACUCAUAAAUGUUUCCUUGCAGACACGAGAUACCCUUGACGAGAGUAAACAAAAAAGGCUUCAACAAACAAUCACACAUGAUGAUUCGAAAUACGUACUGAAAUUUCAAGACUUCGUUAAGAGUACCAAUAUUUUAGACCUUUUAAGAAAUUCGAGCGAUUCUACUGAUGAUUACUUAGUGAAUUUAGCAUACGAAUAUUACAUCAAAUUUGUUACUAAUCCUGUUAAUCCAAAUGUGGAACUAUUUAAAGAUUUGAUGAUACAUGCAAACGAAAAAUCAGUAAAAUCAUUUUAUACUAUAUAUACUCAAAAUAAAAAAGACUCAUCUAAAGAAGUAAAGGCUAUAGAAGAUAUGUAA